AGCUGAUUCGAUCAGUUUUCAGCAGAUCUUUGUUCCGUCAGGGUUUCUUCCAGUUUGCGUCUUUGUGUUUGUGUCGCAGCAGCAGCAAAACUCCAGUUUUAUCCAGGAUGAAUACAAAAAAGAUGAAAAAAUCAGAAAACAACGCCGUUAUAUAGCAUCGUGGAGGCCGAAUUCUGAAUUGACAUCAUCGACUAAAAGAGUGUAAGGUUUUCGAGAAGGUUGGUUAGACGUGAGAUGGAAUCAAACCUAAUACAGGAUGCAUAGCAGCAUUUUGAAACCGGAAUCCAGUGGCAACGUCGCACCAAAUGAAACCGAAGUACUGUCGGCGCUCGCCGCCUUGGUGACCGAAGGCCGAGUACCGGGUCCCCCCCUAGGCGACGCCCCUGGCAAAUCGAAGGAUUUUCACGAGGGACCGCACUGUCCCUACCAGAAAAAAGGACUUGGUAAUCAUCAGUGCAAUAAGAAGAAUCUUUUGUGUCAAAAAUACAGGAAUACCAGGGAGAUAGUUCAGAAAUUGGGAAAAAAGAAGCAGUUCCAGCUGUGCAUAGAGGUGUUUUUGGCUUGCGCUUGUCACAGUUCAACGGAAGAUUCUUUAGAAGCGACUGUCAGUUUGGACGACGCGUUUUUGUUGGAACAGUGGCAUUUUUCGGUUUGUCAAAAAAGGGACACCCCUGGCUGUUUCAACCUAACCCAGCUGGUCAGCGCCGUCCGUUCUCAGCUCUAUUUUUCCCAGCUGACCGCCUGGCUGGUCACUCAGCACGAGUCCGACCGAAAAAUCGCACCAGAAAAUCUCCGGUACCGCCUCACCACACCGGAAAACCUCCUAGCUCCGCCCAAAUUCACUCUCACAGCCACCAAACAUGAAUUCCCCCACGUAGACCUCGGCAACUCCAAAAUUUUAUCAGCCUCCUUCUUCGCUGGACCUAGAAAUCCGACCCAUCCAACAGUAGACUGCGCCAAGUGUCGUGGUAAUUCGAAAAGUGGGGUUAUGGAGGCUAAAAAUGACCUCGUUGAUGACAGACUUCACUCCUGGUGUACGGUGAAGGGUAAACAUCGUUGUGAUGACGUGGAAGACUGUGAUAGUUCGAGAAAAACACCGGGGGAGUGUUCGAAUAAGCGACUAUGCCAUCCGAACGAAAACAAAAAUGAACAAGAUCUCGAAAAUUGGAAAAAGGACAAGGGUCAGCUCCUUCUGGACGCUAUAGAGCGGAGCGGACGCAAUUGUGAUAAGAACCCACGUGAUAUAUUUAGUUUUAACGUACCUGUACAUAGUAAUAAUAAUAAUAACAGUAAUAAAAAGCGUUGUGAUAGCGUUGUUGUAUUGAAGUCGGGCGUCAGAAAAAGAAUCACCUUCGAAGAGGAGGAUAAUAAUGAUGUUGAAGAAUCGCAAGAUAGCAGUAAAGUACCGUCAGGAUCUCAAGCGUGUGAUAUACCGACUGCUUCGGAACAAGCGAAGUUUAGGAGGAAUCUGGGUAACGCGGCUUCGAUGGUGUUCCAUUCUAGGACUGGGUUGCCAUUGACGAGUAGUCCUGCUCCUGUUAGGAAGGGUCGUACCAGUUUCGACUUUGAUUCAACCUUGAAUUCCGUGUCAGCAAUAAAAAGUGCCCUAUUCUCCAACAGUUUCUCCACCGAUGACGAAAGCGAGAGUGAGGGCAGUAUAGUAUCCCCCUGCAGUCCAGAGAUCUACGCAGGCGCGAGGAGGGACACCUGUCCCGCGGUGUACAGGCGCAAAGGACAGUCCUGCUCGUUGUUAGGUAGUUUUGAGGAAUCCGUGUUGAACGGCCGCCUGGAGCCGGUAUCCACUGUCCAUGGAUUCACAGCCGAGUUGGGAGCAAGUGGAUCCUUUGUUCCAAAACAUGUCUUUUUGCCGGUCACGGUGUUUUUCUACAGUUUCGGAGACAACGAUCAAGUGUCAUCGCCUUACCUGGGUCAUAUUAACCUAGGAAAAAAAGGAUACAACGUUCCCAAGUCUGGAACGGUGCAAGUUACCCUUUUUAACCCUCUGGGUACUGUCGUUAAAAUGUUCGUCAUUAUGUACGACCUGUCAGAUAUGCCGCCGAAUUCUCAGACGUUUAUGAGACAACGCACGCUGUAUAUGCCGACGAAGUGUCAACACGGUGACAGCGCACAGUGGGGACCAAAAUGGCUGCGAUACGUCAUUCAUUUAAGGUUUCUCAGUUCGAAGUCGAACAAGAUCUACCUGCACAGCGACAUCCGCAUGAUCGUCUCGAGGAAAUCGGACAUGGACACGGCAACCGCGCACGACAUCGACAUGAGCUACGAGCUGCGCAGCUUCGUCCACGCGCCGGCCAACCCGCGUUUCUCGCCGCGCAAGUAACUAAAAACGGCUUUGCGGGGGCGGCUCGAACCGCGGCAACUCCGCGAAGUUACCACAGAUGAAAUACGGCUGGAUGACGUUAGAAGGAUGACGUCACGACGGAAGGUGACGUCGACGUCUAACUCUACGCGGUUCUACACCUACUUGAGACGGGUGCUGUUCAGUUGCUUCGUGCAGGACUGUGAUUAUGCUGCCGCGGUACAUUUGUAAGUAAAAAAAUAGGGAAAAAAACAUGCAUAUGGGGUCGGGUUCGGAGAAAUAAGUAACCGUAGAGGAACUCAAACGUAUAAAGUUUAGCAGCAGUUCAAAUAACAAAAAAAUGACAUAAUAAGUCUUGUGAAAACUGCUAUGGCUGCAAAUUUUGGCUGAGUAAUUUUAAUUAAAUAGAGUUUUUUUAGAAUAAAUAUACAGUGACUUUCAAAAAAAGUAUAUCAGCAUAGACAGAUUUAUUUUUUAAGAAGACAUCUAGGAUCACUUAUUUUUUUGAGAUGAGGAGACAAAAAAUUAUAUCAGAUCUUCUAAAUAUUUGUUUUUUAAAUACGGAGGAACUUUUUUAUUAUUGACAUUUUCAGAAAAAAUCAUUUUUUAUGAAACAAUUUGCUUGUUCUGAAAUGGU